AUGGCCGAAAUCAGCAAGACCAACUUCCUUCUGUGUCAAGCCCUUCGCUAUCACAUGUUGUACGAGAACGGCGAUUUUGUGGAAGCCGACAUAAUAGCCAAGGAUACGGUAGAUGCCCCGGGGACCUCCGAAGCUGAGAUUGACGACGCCGACUGGAAGGCGGCCACAUGUCGCAUCGAAAACGUCCUUGAGGGGCUUCGGAGCAAGCCAUUGUUCCGUUCUACCGACGUCACAUUCAGUAUCUUCUUCGCUACCAGCGUGUACGCUGCCGAUUCAGACAUCGGGCCAGAGAUCCAGCCCCUUCUAGUUGAGCUUGCUUCGUGGCACUGGAACCAUUGGAAAGGCCCUGCGGCGUCACUAAGAAAACAACAACCAGCAUGCGCCAUGAAACUACAGAAAUUGGAGUCAAGGAACGACAGUGCGUUCGUCAUGAACCUUGCAAAACUGCAAAAAGGCAAGCGCACAGCUCCGAUUACACUUCCAGUGUCGAAGUUCCCGGCGUGGUCCGAUUUCCUGCACGGAGCAUCGAAAGAGGAGUUGGAGAUCGGCACUACUGCCGACAUGACAGCUAUGGGGUCCAAACCCCGGCCAACGCCAGCCAAGCGAGCGUUCCUACUCCAUCAGGCCCUUUGGUACCAGAUGUUGUACGAUCACUGGGGACGUCCGGAAGCGAGCAAAAUGGCGGUCGAGACUACGAAAGUGGUCGGUGAUAUAGACUGGUACGAAGCCAGAUCUCGUGUUGCUUACUUCUUUGAGCAUUUUCAAGAUGAGCCUCCAAAUGAGCUACUGGGUGAUUUUCCGGAUGACAUUCGAUGGAUAGCAUCUUAUUAUGCUACGUCGCGAGUCAACUGGUUGGAUUUACAGCAGAUCCUAGAGGAAGGAGCGGCCAAGCACUGGGCGGCACACACCAUGGAACUUCUUGACGAGCACGAUCGAACCUCUCGUGGCGCGGCAUUCAAACAAGACGCGUUUUGCCCGCCUGUCAUGCCGAUAUUUGGAUCUCCAAGACCUGAGUGGACAACCGCCAGCCGACCACCUCGCCGGAAGGCGUCAAAGCGCAAAUCCCACCAGUGUACGGACCUCCGACUUCCUUGUCCCGACGAUCGACUCCUGUGUCGGCUCUGUGGUCAUACCAAGAGAUACACACCCCAUCGUUGCCAAGCCUCGUCUUCCGACCCGAUCAUGGAUAACGACCUCUCGGAAGUAAUGGUGGACUACGAGUGUGGAAGAGUUGCUGUCCAAAUCAUCGUCCAGAGACUGUGCCGCCUUGAAAGAGACCAUGAUCACCUUACGGGCUCGGGCUCGCAGUUUGCCGCCAGCUGGAUUGCUGUGAUCAUGCUGAAGACCUCCGUCCGGAUGUGCACGGCACAGGCUUAUUCACUCGCUUCGCUCGUCAGAGAAUACUGGGCGGAACGGUAUCGCGCUUUCUGCCUGAACCUCGUCUUCACUCCAUCGCUUGGACUGCCUGAAUUCGACGAUGGGAUUGACAACCUCGCCAAAAUGUCCAUGAAGCAUUUCCGCGACUUGCUCAACCGGGUAGUCACGAUCUCCAUUCGCCAGCUCGAGAUCAGUGGCACCAUAGCGGAGGUGAGGAAGUUGACAUCGCUUCGGCCACAGCUCACAGACUCGCGUCGACUUCCCUCGCCGUCGACAGUACUGGCGCAAGGGCAAAAUCGGGACGAUUGGAGUGCGCGGCAGGAUCUUUCGGAAUUCGCAAUGGAUCUGGCGCCGCCAGAGUAUCGAAGACUCCUCACGAUGGACGCAUUCAAGUCCUCCCUUGUCGGCGACGAAAUGCAGCAGACGUGGUCUUUUACCAAGCUCUUGGGCAGUCUUCCGACCCAGGAUCACCCUCACCUGGACGGGACGACCUCUAGCAAUGAAACUCAAAGCGCUGCGCAAGACAAUACCCAUAGCGAUUCGCAGUCAACCAGUCAAGACGCGCCAAAGACUCAGCAGGUUGACCAGGUGCCGCAGAUCGCUGCAAUCACUAUCAGCAAGUCUGGCCAGCCCAUCAAAUCCACCCACGGGAAAUCCACUCACGACGCGCUCAUGGCCGUCUUUGCCAAAUCACCCUUCAAGUCUCCUCCCAUCUCAGCCACUACUCAAACCAUUACCCAAACUACAGACACCAACUUGGCAAACGAAUCGAACCCUACACCAUCAACCGCAUCUGCAGCCGCGAGCUGGAACAUCUGGAUCAAAGCCAAUGGUCCACAGCCCGCCCUCGGCCGCAACGUCACGAUCGCCGAAAUCCGCAGCGUCUUGUCAGGCGUGGACGUCUCCACGAUCACCUGCACGAACCUGCGCGACAGGAUCAAAGUGGAUAUGGCGCGGCUCUGCAGAACCUGCUGGGAACCGAUCGUCGAAGCAGCGAUGGGACACUGUGGUCAUCUAUUCUGCACGGAGUGUUUGAUUGAGGAGGCUUUGAGGGAGCGCAGGUGUCCGCUGUGCAUGCAGGCGUUGAAUGCGGUGGAGUUGAAGGUCAUCAUGGAUGGCGAGCAGACCUGGGGACUUUCUCUCGCGUGGGUGCUAUGA